CACCUGCAAGACACCACCGGGGGAAAAAAGGUGUUCUAGCCUCGCGCCACGUCAAAGUGGAGUGGGCGUGUCUCUGUCUCCUCCAGUGCAGUGGGCGUGUCUCUGUCUCCUCCAGUGGAGUGGGCGUGUCUCUGUCUCCUCCAGUGGAGUGGGCGUGUCUCUGUCUCCUCCAGUGGAGUGGGCGUGUCCUGGGUCUCCUCCAGUGGAGUGGGCGUGUCUCUGUCUCCUCCAGCUGGGUGGGCGUGUCUCUGUCUCCUCCACGCCGCGUCCCAUCAGGUGCCACUCCUCUGUUUGACUUGUACCUGAACGCACCACCACGAUGCUGCUGCUGCUGCUGCUCUGCUGCAGCCCGACUGCACUGGGUCAACUGGUGGAGCCCCGGUUCGGAGACGAGCUCGCGGACUUUGAUCUGGACCUCGCGCCGCGCAGGGUCCCGCGGCAGGUGAGGACGAUCCUGAGCCAGGAGACCAAGCCCCACAUCCAGGAGCUGUCCAUCCAGACCACGGUGGUCUCGCGCUACGCCUUCACCGCGGUGUACUGCGCGAUGCUCAACCGGCGCUCCGCCGCCGCGGAGGGCGUGUUCCAGUUCCAGAUCCCCGCCGCGGCCUACGUCUCCAACUUCACCAUGAUCAUCGGGGGGCGUGUCUACCAGAGCGAGGUCACGCCGAAGACCAAGAAGGUCAAACCAGAGACCGGAGGAAGAGCCGGAACCAAAGAGUCAGGUGAUGCAAGCCCCGAGCAGGUGGAGGUGUUCCGCAUGGCGGCCAUGAUCCCGGGCCGUAACCGGGCCGUGUUCCUGCUGACGUACGAGGAGCUGCUGCGGCGCCGGCUGGGCCGCUACGAGCUGAGCACCAGCCUGCGGCCGCUGCAGCUGGUCAGCCGGCUGCGGCUGGACGUCACCAUCGUGGACCACGCGCCCGUCACCGGCCUCACGGUGCUGCCGCUCCGCACCGGCGCCGCCGCCAAGAGUCCAGCCAGGUCCGAGCAUCCCGUCACCACGGUGAUCAAAGUGGAAAAGAACGUCUGCAGAGUGACCUUCAGUCCCAACAUCGUCCAGCAGGCCAAGAUCACCACCAAUGGCAUUCUGGGAGAUUUUGUGAUCCGCUACGACGUGCAGAGAGACAUGGGGAUCGGAGACAUUCAGGUUUUAAACGGACAUUUCGUGCACUACUUCGCCCCCAAGGACCUGCCGGCGGUGCCCAAGAAUGUGGUGUUUGUGAUCGACACCAGCGCCUCCAUGUCGGGCACCAAGAUUCGACAGACCAAAGACGCCCUGUUCACCAUCCUGAGGGACCUGCGCCCCGGGGACCGCUUCAACUUCAUCAGCUUCUCCAACAGGGUCAAGGUGUGGCGGCCGCACAGCCUCGUCAUGGCAACGCCGCUCAACGUCCGCGACGCCAAGAAGUUCAUCUACAUGCUGGUGCCCAACGGAGGCACCAACAUCGACGGCGCCAUCCACACCGGCUCCAGCCUGCUGGGCGAGUACCUCUCCAGCCCGGACGCCAGCCCGAACAGCGUCUCCCUGGUGGUGUUCCUGACGGACGGGCGGCCCACGGUCGGGGAGGUCCGGUCGGCCGCGAUCCUCGGCAACACCCGCUCGUCCGUGAAGGACAAGUUCUGCGUCUUCACCAUCGGGAUCGGCGACGACGUGGACUACCGGCUGCUGGAGCGCAUGGCUCUGGAGAACUGCGGGAUGAUGAGGCGCAUCGACGAGGACGCCGACGCCAGCGCCAUGCUCAAAGGGUUCUACGACGAGAUCGGGACUCCUCUGCUGUCCGACAUACGCAUCAAGUACACGGAGGACUCCGUCCGCUACGUCACCCAGCACCAGUUCACCAACUACUUCAACGGCUCCGAGAUCGUCAUCGCCGGCAAGCUGUCGAACCGCAGCGCCGAGUCCCUCCACGUUCAGGUGACGGCCAGCAGCAACGACAAGACCGUCGUCCUGGAGACCGACGUGCCGCUGAGGCGCCGAGAGACGGAGACGGAGAAGCACGUGAAGGCGGCCAAGGCGGCGGGAGGUAAGACCCCGGGGUCGGGGGUCGCUCAGGUGUUGGGCGUCGCUCUGGGUUCCAUCGCGGACGACUUCGUGGAGCGCCUGUGGGGCUUCUUGAGCGUCAAGGACGGGCUGCGCUCGCGGCUGCGCAGCCAGACGAGCAAGGAGAGGGAAGACCACAGCCGGCGGGCCACCGACCUGUCCCUGACCUACCGCUUCCUCACGCCGCUCACGCACCUGGUGGUGGAGAAGCCCGAGGUCCUGGCCGACGGCACCGUGGCCGACGAGCUGCCCGAUGACGGGGAGGACGGGGAGCCGCAGGGAUCCAACGGGAAGCCGAGCGGCCAGAUUUCAUCUCUGAGCAACGACAUCGGUAAAGCUGAGAGACCACCGGCCAAGAAAUCCGUCACAUUCUCCAAAACAUCAGCGGACGGCGACCCUCACUUCGUGGUCGACUUCCCGCUCAGCAAGCUGACCGUGUGCUUCAACAUCAACGGGGAGCCGGGACACGUGCUGCGCCUCGUGUCCGACCACAAGCACUCCGGUGUGACGGUGAACGGGAAGCUCAUCGGCGCCCCGGCGCCGCCCGGCAGCCGCAAGCUGCAGCGCACCUACUUCAGCGCCAUCACCAUCGUGGUGGACCGGCCCACGCGCGCCUACAUCGAGGUGACCCCCAAGAAGGUCAUCCUGGACGGGCGCGACCGCAUGGUGCUGCCCUGCCGCUCCUCGGCGGCCGUGAGCAGCGGCGCCCUGUCGGUGGCCGUGGUGGGGAACGCCAACGUGACCGUGACGGUGGGCGGGAACAUCGUGUUCGUGAUCCUGCUGCACCUGUACAAGAACCCGGCGCCCUACCAGAGGGACCACCUGGGCUUCUACGUGGCCAGCAGCAAGGGGCUGUCGCACGACUGCCACGGCCUGCUGGGUCAGUUCCUGUACCAGGAGGUGAGUCUGGCGCUGCUCGCGGCGCCGGGCGACGCCAAGCCGGCGGCGGCGCUCACGGUGCGGCAGCGCUCGGUGCCGGUGGUCCGGAAGAGCCGGAGGAUCUACGGCGGCGCCCAGAGCGUGGACUGCUGGUUCGCCCGCAACAACGCGGCGGCGCUCAUCGACGGGCGCUACGAGGACUACCUGACCACGCACAUGUUCGACACGGGGGAGGGGCUUAACGGGGCGUGACCCCGCCCACAAAGACUGCUGCGAAAAGCCCAAACUCAUUCUCAUCGGCCUCUCGCGAAUAUAUUUUUUUAUUAUUUCUAAUGAAAAUUAAAUCUUUCGUUUUUGUUGUUGUUAUUAUUAUAUUGCGUGUAUUAUUUUUUAUAAUAUUUUUGUGAUUGUAAAUAAAAUAAACACCUAAACACACA